AUGAGCAGCAUGAGGCAGGAGAACCAGAGCAGCGUGUCCGAGUUCCUCCUCCUGGGGCUCCCCAUCCUUCCUGAGCAGCGGGGGGUCUUCUUCACCCUGUUCCUGGCCAUGUACCUGACCACGGUGCUGGGGAACCUGCUCAUCAUCCUGCUCAUCAGGCUGGACUCGCGCCUCCACACCCCCAUGUACUUCUUCCUUAGCUAUUUGGCACUCAAUGAUGUGUGUCUCUCAUCUGUCACUGUCCCGAAGAUCCUGACAAACAUGCACAGUGAUCACAAGUUCAUCCCCUAUGCUGGGUGCAUUUCUCAGAUGUAUUUUUUAAUAUGGUUUGGUUGUUUUGACAAUUUCCUUCUGGCAGUGAUGGCCUAUGACAGGUAUGUGGCCAUCUGUCAGCCCCUCCACUACACCACCAUCAUGAGGCCAGAGCUGUGUGUCUCCUUAGUAGCUGCGUGCUGGUUCUUCAGUUGUCUCCACUCUCUGCUGCACACCCUGCUCCUGGCUCCACUGUCCUUCUGUGGUAACAAUGCCAUCCCCCACUUCUUCUGUGACCUCACUACACUCCUGAAGAUGAGCUGCUCAGACAUCUCCAUCAAUGAGUUAGUCAUAUUCUUUGAGGGAGGAGUGAUUGUCCUCACACCAUUGAGUGGCAUCUUGGGCUCCUAUAUUCGGAUUUGGACCACCGUGCUGAGAGAGCCCUCAGCUAAGAAAUUCUUCAAAGUCCUGUCUACCUGUGGCUCCCACCUCCUCGUUGUGUCUUUAUUCUAUGGCACCAUUGCAGAAGUUUACCUGUUUUCUUCCUCUUCUACCUCCAGUGAAGAAAACAUAACUGCAUCUAUGAUGUAUAUGGUUGUCACCCCCUUGCUGAACCCCUUCAUCUACAGCUUGAGGAACAGAGACAUGAAACGUGCUCUGGAAACCCUUAUUAACCGGGUAAAGUUCCUUGUGUCAAAAGACUCAAGAUGA